AUGGAUACGGAGAACAUGGACGCCAUCAAAGGGGCCAUGGAGCGCCCGCAGCCAUUGAACACGGAGGAAUCACAGAUGCCAGAUGACAAGAUUCAGCAAGAUGGUGUUCAAGUUGCCGACGCAGUCACGACUACAUGGUCUCGCAAGCAUCUAAUUGUUGCUUAUACUAGUAUGUGGCUGGUGUAUUUCGUCAACAAUCUCAACAGCAGUCUCACCUCAAACCUCUCCGCUUAUAUUACAAGUGACUUUUCGGAACAUUCGCUGCUCACCGUGAUUUCAGUGGUAACCAGCGUUAUGGGUGCUGCAUGCUUGAUGCCCAUCGCCAAAGUCCUCAACCUUUUUGAUCGAACUGUUGGAUUCGUGAUCAUGAUUUUGAUUGCAAUUAUGGGUUUGAUUAUGAUGGCUGCUUGUAACAAUAUUGCGACAUACUGUGCUGCACAGGCAUUUUACACUGUCGGAUUCACCGGUGCCAUAUUCUGCAUUGAUGUGAUAACCUCAGACACCUCAUCGCUUCGUGAUCGAGGUCUUGCUUAUGCUUUCACCUCCUCUCCUAGCAUGAUCACAGCCUUUGCUGGCUCUCCUUUAUCAAAUCAAUUCCACGAAACCAAUUGGCGAUGGGCGUAUGGGACAAUUUGCAUCAUUCUCCCUAUCGCUGCGCUUCCUUUGAUUUUGACCUGGGAAAUGGCCAAACGAAAGGCCGACAAGAACGGUCAAUUACAAUACAAGGAGAGGACAACACGAUCCUGGAUAGGAAGCAUUUGGUACUACGCCAUGGAAUUUGACGUCUUCGGAAUCUUCUUGAUGAUAGGCGGCACGAUUCUUUUCCUGACAUCUUUCAAUAUCGCCGGCAACACCGAAGGCCAAUGGCAAUCGCCUAAGAUCAUUGCUAUGAUGGUUGUGGGAUUCUGUGUUCUCGUUGCAUUCGUCAGUUACGAGAGAUGGCUGGCUCCGAAGCCUUUCAUCCCAUUCUACCUAAUCACCGAUCGCACUGUCAUUGGCGCAUGCCUACUCGAUAUUACCUACCAGGUCUCGUAUUAUUGCUGGGCCAGCUAUUUCACCUCUUACCUCCAAGUCGUUUACGACACAAGCCUGACGCAGGCCGGUUACAUCAGCGCCAUCUUUGAUUUCAUGGACCCGGUUUGGCUCAUUGGUUGUGGCUUUCUCAUCAGACAUACUGGUCGCUUCAAGUGGCUCCUCUGCGCCGCCGUUCCUCUUUAUAUCCUGGCAAGCGGUCUAAUGAUCUACUUCCGCCAACCGGGUCACAACGUAGGAUAUAUGUGCAUGUGCCAAAUCUUCCUGGCAGUUGGUGGCGGAACAUUUAUUCUGAUCGAGCAGGUUGCUGUUCUUGCUGCGGCCUCGCAUGAAGACUAUGCCGCCAUGUUGGCACUUCUCAGCACGUUUGGAAAUAUCGGUGGCGCGGUGGGCAGUAGUGUUUCCGGCGCUAUCUGGACGAACACACUUCCCGGCAAGCUGCGCGAGAAUCUGCCAGCCGAGUUGAAGGACCAGUGGGAGGAGAUAUACGAGUCCUUGGACGUACAGCUCGGUUAUGCGGUUGGUACGCCUGCUCGCACUGCUAUCCAGAAUGCGUAUGCAUUCAGCCAGCGGAACAUGAUGAUUGCCGGUACAGCGGUAAUGGGACUUUCAAUUGCCUGGGUGCUUAUGAUGAGAAACAUCAAAGUACAGUCUAACAAGGAUCUUUCCAAGGUGCUUUUCUAG